AUGGAGAACUCCGAAGAUUUUCUCACUCUCUCUCCGCCAGGUAAUAAUAGUGAUGCCAAGAGUGCGAGACUCUUUCUUACAAUAAACCCUCCCCCAACAAUGCAAAAGCAUCUUUCACUCAUUAGUCCAUUGUUGGAACCAUAUAAACCCUCGUAUCAAAACACAGAUAAUAUUGUUGCUGGUGACAUGCAUCUAAAUGCUCCUUCAACCGCUUUAUCACUCAGUAUUAGUCCCAUGUUGUCACCAUAUACAGCUUCCAACCCCAACAAAGAUAAUGCUAGUGAUCUGCAUCCAAAUGUUCCUGUACCUGCUUUCUCAAGUUCUCCUCGUACCCGUUCUCGUCGGGGAAAGAGUAAAACCAUCACUCCACCUUUUCCCUGGGCAACGAAUCGGAGAGCCACAGUGCACAGCUACAAAUACCUCUUGCAAAACAAGAUUGUUACGAUCACGGGAAAGGUUAAGUGCAAACGGUGCGAUGAGAGGUUCGAGAUGGAGCUUGAUCUGAAGAGCAAAUUGGGUGAAUUGUUGAAAUUCAUUCAGAAGAAGAAGUGUAUCAUGCAUGAUAGGGCACCUAAUGUUUGGGUGGUGCCAGUGUUGCCAAAAUGUGAGCAUUGUGGACGAGAAAAUAGUGUGGAGCCAUUCCUUGGGGACACCAAGAGAAGGGCCAUUAAUUGGUUGUUCUUGUUGCUGGCUCAAAUGCUGGGUUUCUGCAACCUUAAACAGCUCCAAUAUUUCUGCAAGCACAACAAUAACCAUCGAACCGGCGCCAAAGAUCGCAUUGUUUAUUCCACCUAUAUGGGCCUCUGCAAACAGCUUCUUCCUGAAUUGUUUGAUUCUCGAUCAUAG